CCGUGAAGCCGCGGACCCAGCCGGAAGCGGAGGCCGGGUGUGUGGAUCCCGCGGGGAGACCGCGUUGUGGGAGCGGUCGGGUCGAAGGCCCGCAGCAUGCAGCACGAAGGCCGGCCCUGCUGGUGGCCCUUGUCUCUCUCUCCAGCGCUUGCCCCUGCCGUACGAGAGGACAGAGCCGUCUCGGGCGGGAACUGCCUCUCGGAGCCGGCGCGGGCGCGGGCGCCCUCAAGCGGGAGGGAGGGCCAGGCCGGAGUUCGCGGGCCGCAGUGCGCGGGGAGGUGGUGGCCUGGCAGUGGGCCGUGCUUGCUAGCGGGGCCGCCGGGACGGGCCUUGCCUGACUCGUUCUGUCUUACUUUUCUGUCUAGGAUGGUGCGUGGCACAUGGUUGCUGCCCAGUACUUGUCUGAGGUACGUGAAAGGCGAAGAACUGGUGCUCCCGAUCGCGAGGGCAGAGGCAGCCAUUGAAAGUCUUGAGCGAUCCGUGGACACGAGAGAGCACAGCCAGUGUGGGGAUGGUGACGGAGGAUGCGUGGCUGGGUCCAGGUGUACAUGGGUCGUGAGAGAAAAUAGUCGUAAGGGCCUUGGACAUGUCGCUAAGGAACUUGGGGUGCGGUGGGUUACCAAGGAGUCUGUUGAAGCAGUGCAGGGUCAGGAGAUGAGAACUGGGUGUAUUCUUGGUGAGUAGUCUCAUAUGGAGAAGGGACGGUGUGGCUGUUUGAGGAAGGGUGAUAACAUUUUUUCUUGGAGGGAGUCACUGAAUUAGAGUGAAAAUAAAACAUAACUGUCAUCAACUUAAAUAUACAUAUUUUUAACUGACUCUCCUGCCAAAUAUACAGGUGUUGCACGCCUGGAAUGUUGGAAGGCAGAUCUUUGGUUUUGGGAGCUUGUUUCCACCAGACGUCUUUGGGAAAGGCCAUUCAUCACCUGUCUGGCUGGUGAAGGCACAUGUCCAUUUCUGCCUUUACAGGAUGAGAGUAAAUUUAACCAUGUGCUACUGACCAAACAUCAGAUUUUACUCUUAUUUUCAAAGUGUACCAGGUCCCAGUUUUGUUUUCUACGUUUUUUUAAGGUUUUAUUUAUUUAUUAUUUUUUCAAAGUAUAUUUUUCAGAGAGAGAAAGAGAGCACGUGCGCACAAGCCGAGGAGGAGCAGAGAGAGAGAGAGAGAGAGAGGGAGAGAUUGAGAAUCCCAAGCAGGCUCCUUGCUGAGCAGCUCAAACUCACAGACUGUGAGAUCACCACCUCAGCCAAAAUCAAGAGCUGCUUAACUGACUGAGCCACCCAGUUUGCUGCCUCACGGACCCAGUGAGAAUUGAGACCUCUGCUCUUCAAGAUACUGUCUUCAACUUCUGGAUGUGUCAGGUGGGGAGUAGCAUUUCUUUCAGAUGCUUCUCUUUUGGCAUUUUUUUUCUAGGUUCCCCUACUCCUUUCCAGAAGGCUCAGUGAAUUUCUCACAUUUUAUUGUUGGAGAGAAAGCCAGCUCCUUGCUAGGCUACAGAGAGUGGAGAAGGAAUGAGCUUGCAGGGCUGUGCCCUAGAGAUUUAUCUCUCAGUUGUUUCCCAAGAUAGGAACUUUCUUUUAAGAAAAUCUCUCUUUUCUUUUGUUUUCAUUCUUGUACUGCUUCUAAUCUGAUGUAGCAGGUUUCCAAAGUUCUGUUUCUUUCUGGACUUCCUGAGCAUAUGUGAUUCCUUAAGACAGUGUUUCAGGCGCAGGCUUUUCUCAUUUCCUUCUUAACCUUUGUGGCUACGAUAAUUUCAUUGAGUGUUUUUCUGCUUCAAGUCUAGAAAGAUGACAUAUUUUAUUUCUAGUAAGGGCAUUUUUGUUAUAAAUAAAAUCCACCACCUUUUUAAGAUUGAAGCUGCAUUGUAAGUGUCAGAACUAUAAAACCAUAGCCAGAAUUAUUGACAUACAGGCCAGCAAGUGGGGAGUGACCCUUAAACCAAGUAGAAAAACACCACAUGAGUUGUUCUGGUUUUGUCCUUUGGCCUUGAGUCUAGCUCAGAUGCAGCUGGGGACAGCCUUUUCAUGUUGCCUGCUGGGCUGGGACUACCAGUAAAGUUUGGAGCUUACACAUGUUUGUGUUCCUUAGCUAAGGAAAGCUGGCCUGUCAAACUAGCUAAAAAACAGUAAAGGACCAAAUACUUGUUUUGCCCCAAUAUCUAAAAGGUGUGUGUAGGGAAAGACUUCCUGUAGUCAAAUCUAUGCCUCAGCAGGGCCUGCUUGCUAGGGUCUUUUCUGCUGCUUAGGCUUUGCGGAUGUCCCAUAAGGGAAGGCAGUAGGUCUGUGCUAAGGCCAAGGUCAGUACCCACACCUUAGCUCUUAUAUUCAUAAACCAUAGUGCUUGCACAAGGACAGUGCCUUUGCUGAACCAUGUGACUGGCAUUUCAUUAAGGUAUUCAUUCAUCCCUGCUUGUCUAUAAAAUCAGGUUUAUGGGGCCCCUGGGUGGCUCAGUUGGUUAAGUGUCCCAACUCUUGAUUUCGGCUCAGGUCAUGAUCUCAUGGUUUGUGAGUUUGAGCCCUGUGUCUGGCUCUGUGCUGACAGUGUGGAGUCUGCUUGGGAUUCUCUCUCUUUGCCCCUCCCCGACUUGUGCUUGCUCUCUCUCUCUCUCUCUCUCUCUCUCAAUAAAUAAAUAAAUAAAUAAACAUGUAAAAUCAGGUUUAUAAAAACACUUGCCUAUGAACAAAGUACCCGGCGUUCAACAUGGCCAACAUGAAAAGUGUUUGAAAUGCCUCAAGUGCUAGUCCCAUCAGGGCCUCAACUUGUAUGUGAUGUUUUGCUCCCCACAGUCUUCACUGGAUCUCCUUUUUCUUAUGUUCUUUGCCACAUCAUCAGAUCCUAACAUUCCUUUGAAUACGACAUCCUCCAGCCCUGCCAAAGGGCAGAGCCUGUUCCUGUAAAACUUACAACACAGAGCAGCAGAACCUGUGGGCAGGGGGUUCCCAAAAGAAGGAAAGGAAGAAGAGGCCAAGAAGAUUCAGCCAGGAGAGGAGAGGUGUGGCAAGAGGCCAGGAGUGUUUAGAAGAAAUCCUUCCCCAUGGACUCAAGGAGUCAGUCCAAGAACUGAAAAAAUAACUCUGGUUUCAACAUGUGUGUUUGGGAAAUGGUUAAGAGGUUGACUUAAAGAAGAGAAUGCAUUCAUUUGGGAUGUGGUGAGUUUGGAGUGAUGGUAAGACAUUCAAGCAGAAGUAGCUUGGUGGUGGUUGGAUCAAGUUCGGUGGGAGUUAUCAAAGUGGUGAUAGUUGGAAAUCUGUCAGUGAGGAACUGAUCAUGGGAAAGAAUGCAGAGAGAAGGUAAGGUCAAAGACCUUCCUUUGUCAAAGAAUAGUAUAAAAACUUUAUGUAUAUUGGGGCACCUGGUUGCCUCAGUUGGAUAAGUGUCCAUCUCUGGCUUUUGGCUCAGGUCAUGAUCUCACAGUUCAUGGGUUCGAGCCCCAUGGGUGCAGAGCCUGCUUGGGAUUCUCUCUCCCUCCCUCUCUGCCCCUCCCCUGCUCGCUUUCUGUCUCAGACUUAAGUUUUUUCAGACUUUAUGUAUGUAUAUAAAGGGGGUGACUGGCUGGCUCUGUUGGAAAAGCAGGCAACUCUUUUUUUUUUUUUUUCUAACUUUUUAACAUUUAAUUCAUUUUUGAGAGAGAGAGUGCAAGUGGAGGGAGGGGCAGAGAGAGAAGGGACACAGAAUCCGAAACAAGCUCCAGGCUCUGAGCUGUAAGCACAGAGCCCGACAUGGGGCUCGAACCAACAAAUGGUGAGAUCAUGACCUGAGCCAAAGUCGGAUGCUUAGCCAACUGAACCACCCAGGUGCCCCAAAAGCAGGCAACUCUUGAUCUCAAGGUUGUGAGUUUGAAGCACAUGCUGGGUGUAGAGAUUACGUAAAUAAACAUUAAAAAAACCCUUGUAUAUAAAGGAAAACAGUGAUUGAUUUAAUCCGGCAAAGGCAAAAACAGGAUUUAUGUAAGAGAAAGGGUACAGAGAGAGGGAAAAACUGCAGAUUGUGUCAAAAUUGUGGCUUUUGUUUCCUGUAGGUAAACUGCUGACCAGCUGUCAGCCAACAAAGCAGCCAGUAUUCUUCCCUGAGGCAACUGGAUGGAUUACAAAAUAACACAACUUCACUUGCUUACAGGUUCUCCAGAAGACCUCAGGAGUUCAGAUGAGGUGUCUGUGUCAGGCUGUCUCUGCAUAAAUAAUAUCUAUCAGUGUCCUUUGUAAGCAGUAUCGUCUUCAGGCCAGAUACACACUGAAAAAUCAUGUUCACAUUACAUUGAGAUUCACAGGAGUGGGAUGCUGCUUUAGAGAAAGGAAGGAGGGAAAGAAGGAAGACAGGGAGAAAAAGAGAAGGGAGAGGGAGGAAGAGGAAGAGGAUGAGGAUAAUGGUUUUCCAGGGCUCUGCUGAGACCUGAACUUAGUUCCUGGCCUAGAGGCCACGAAGGGGGCAUGAGUGGAACUGGAGUUGGGCAGACAUCCUCUUGUGGGGCAGCCACUUCAGGAGGCCUUUGUACGGCCACAGGAUAGUGGGAGCCUGCUCUCCUCUCACAAAGGAAUGGAAUAGAGUUGCCGAGAACGAUCACCUGUGGAGGUGAGCAAGGCAAGAGCAAGGCGGGAAGGCAGGUGUGUCUCAUGGGGGAAGACAUAAGAUUGGAUUGCGUACAGAGGAGGCCUGCGGGUGGCCCUGUCUUGAGAGGCAAACCUGUGUCUGAAGAAAUGGAGCUUCUGCAACUUCUCCAAGUGCCUGGGCUCACAGACGUGGAAACAAUUCUUCUUCAAACAAACAAAGCAGGAGUAUCAGAUGGCCUUGGCGCAACCAGAGGACUUUAUCUUCAAAGAAGCAACUGGGAACCUCGGAAUCCUAGGACCUAUGGCUUAUCUGUCAGGAAAUGGCCCCACAAUGGGUGGACGGGAGAAGUCCAUCAUUUGUACCGUGUCGUCCAAGCACAUGCUUUAUGCCUGGGAUGUGCAGGAGGGCACUAUGAUCUGGUCAAGCCCCGUCCAGCAGCCUAGUAUCACACAUCUGGCGACCCUCCCUCAGAUGCAUCUCGCAUUCACUGUGGAUUUGGAGGGAACCGUCAAAGUGUGGAAUUGUCAGGAUCAGGAUGCCCUGGCCACUUUCCCCGUGUCUCAGGCCUGCUUUUCCUUGGAAGUCUGUCUCACAAAGGAUGGCCCAUUCCUGAUGGUCGGCAAUUCUGAAGGUGACAUCUACACACUGACAGUGCCUGAGCUCAGGGGUGUUUCUAAAGUCCACGCAUUUAAAUACACUGUUGACCUUCUGCACUGCUCUCCUGACAAGAAAUGGGUCUUUGCAUCUGGGACACAUCAGAACAUCUUGCCCAGGGUCUUUUUCACAGAGUGCUUACUGAAACCAUCGGAAGGCAAAAGCCCUCUGUCACUCUCUAUCCCGUUUUCGUCAUGCUGCAGAGCCUGCUGGGCCCCAAGGAGGACAAGCAGGAUAACAUUGAUGUACCGAAGAGGCUCUUCCAAAAAGACAGGAUUUACCACCUUUGACCUAAUGACCGAGAGGACUGGGGGCAGAACAGUCAUCCAAGUUUGCGUGUGUUUGUUCCACAUGAAAACAGCCCAUCAGGUCGCGACUUUCCUGUUGCCAGUUCAUAUGGAGAGUCCAAUUUGGAUGGGAGCCAGUGAUGGAAAUAUGAUCGUCUUUGAGAGUGGGCCAUACUUGUUCCUCUUCACCAUCAGUGGGCACCAGCUGCAACGAUUUGAGGAUCACCAGAGGACCAUCGGCAAUUUGUGGGCGGAUUCUCUGCAUGUCCUCACCACAUCUAUGGAUGACUCCCUGCAUGUGUACAUGUGGGAAGAGGAAGGCCGUUAUCCAUACCUCAAGAGCUGCUGUCACCUGGAACACAUAGGGAGUGACCUGACGCCCAGCUGCUACGUCUCCAAAGCAAUAUGUGAUAACAUGAGCAUAGUAUGUGUGGUGUCAAAAAAUCGUGAGUCCAGCAUUCUGGUGAUGUAUUCUUUGCAUACAUAAUAUGGAAACUAAUGGAAUAAUUAACCUUGCAUCAUCUCCCACAAUGUAGUAAAGAGAAUUCUGUUUGCAAACUCAGAAUGAUUAUUUGAGUGCUAUUGGGAAAGAAGCAAUGAUUUAACUGUCUUUGGUAAAUCAGACACUGUAACAGAUAGAAUGUAGAGCAACAUAUCCUUGUCCUUGCCAUCAGGGACAGUAUCGAAUACUAAGGUAGUAAAAUGGUCACACAAAUCAAUUCAAGGGGAGCAUAUGAGAGGGGAAAGUAUGACUUUGGAUUGAGGCUAGUUUAAAAGUGAAGGCACAACCCUCUUGAUCUCAGGGCUGUGAGUUCAAGCCCCAAUGUUGGGCAUGCAGCCUACUUAAAAUUAAAAAAAAAAAAAAUUAAGGGGCGCCUACCUGGCUCAGUCAGCAGAGUGUGCAACUCAUUAUCUUGGGGUUGUAAGUUCAAGCCCCAUGUUGGGUGUAGAGAUUACUUUAAAAAAUCUUUAAAAAUAAUUGAAAAAGUGAAGGCCAUCUGUAUUCACUGUUCCUUGCCUAUAAGCAAGCAAAAAAAAUUCUGUAAGAUGCAAGCAAAAAAUAAAUAUUAGAAAAACAUAGACAUUAAUACUUAAAGGUAGCUAGAAGAGACUCAGAAUAUAAAUGGUAAUAAAAAAAAAAUGCUCAAAAGGACUAGGAAAUAGAAAAUGUAGCCAAAGCUACAUCACAUGAAAGUUUCAAUUUCUGUAUCAGACACAGCCAUUGUAAUGGAGGCAAAAAAAAAAAAAAAAAAAAACAAAACUGUCCCCUAAGUUUGUAUCACUGGCUCAGGAUUCAGAGUUCAGGGAUGAGAGUACUAAAAAAUCAAAUCUAAGAGCCCCAGGUCUACCCUCCUGGCUUUGAGAGGUGGAGAGGACUGGAAGAAAGAUGGCCUGAGGGAGUAGAUCGUACUGUAAUGGGAAUGUAAUCUCAAUGGGAGAUUUCUCCAGUGAGCAGUAUGGAUUUGUUGAUGUGCCCACUGUCCCCUCCUGGUCAAAAUAAACUUUUUUUGAAUGUUUAUUUUUUAGAGAGUGCGAGCAGGGGAGAGGCAGAGAGAGUGGGACAGAGUAUGCAAAGCAGGCUCUGUGCUGACAGCAGAGAGCUGGAUGUGGGGCUUGAACUCACGUUUUGUGAGAUGAUGACCUGAGCCAAAGUAGGAUGCUUAACUGAGCCAUCCAGGCCCCCUGGUCAAAGUAAACAUUAAGCUGUGACCUGGAGGAGAAAGGAAAGGAAGCCCAGUGAGGGGUCUCUGGAGACGACAAGGUUGGGUGGAGAAGUUAGCAAGGAGAUACACUGUAAACAGCACCUGACAGUUCUGGGAUAGUUGCAUGUUUGACUUAAGUCAGAAUCAAAGGAAGUCUCGGGGGCUGAAGUCAGCGAGGAACACUACUAACCGAAGGGUAGAAAGUCAAAGUUUCAAGUCACACAGACAUUUGCAAGAUAUAAUCCACAUAGUUGUUUUUUUUUUUUUUAACAAAAGAGAAAAAAGACCUAUAUUUUAUAGACCUGUAUUCUUUUUAAUUUUAUUUUGAGGGAGGGAGGGAGAGCAAGCCAGCGAGCAUGGAGGAAGGGCAGAGAGAGAAUCCCAAGCAGGCUCUGCCCUGUCAGUGCAGAGCCUGAUGUGGAACUCAAACUCACGAACCAUGAGAUCAUGACCUGAACCGAUAAUCAAGAGUCCGAUGCUUCACAGGCUGAGCCACCCAGGUGGCCCUAUAGAUGUAUAUUCUUAAAAGAUCCUUUUCACUGACCUUUAGGAAAUUGAUUUAGAAGUAGCCAUAGCAUACACCUGAAACUAAUGUUACAUAUGAUUUUUACCUCAACUGAAAAAACAAAAGUAGCCACAGUAACUAAGGAAAGGCAGCGAGGUCAUUUUUCUUGCUUAGAAUCUCUGUUAUAAAGGUAAGAUGUGACAGAGGAAAAGUGUGUGAAAUAGGUGGACUUAUAUGUGCAUGAGCACAAAGAAUGUAACUUGUCCAAGGAAAGAGGAGCAAAUAGGAUCCCACAGUGUCUGUGAUUUCUAAAUAACCUAAGCUAAAGACACACAAUUGAACUGCUUUUGGCUUUCAUUUUCCAGAAAAAAGUGGUCAAGAUAUGCAGAGAAAACUUUCUACACACAGAACCAAACAUUGUUCAAAACUGCAAAUGCAAAAAACCUUAAAAUCCAUGGUUAAGGUGGCUGGAAUUGAAGAGAAACCUUCUAAGUUGGGGAACGAAAAAGGGGGGCAGGGAUAAAUCCAGAAAAGCCAACAAAUGCCACAUGCCUUAUUCACAGACUUUUUAAGGACUCCACGAUGGAAGACAGGACCCCUGCCAAAGUGGAGGUCAGGUCACAGAGCUGCAAGGUCCGGGACCCUCGGAAAAGUAACUGUCCUUCCCUUGUAGGUAAACUGAAGGGAAGUCUACCCAUUGGAGAAGGAUGAUGGGGAUGGCUGCCUCUCUCAGCUCCUCCUCCUCCUUGGAGGUGGAGUUGACAUCAGUCAAGAUUCCAGAACUAGAGAGAGGUCAUAUACAGAUGAAGGUUUAAUAAAGGGACUACUCUAAUUUGGAUUUGGGGUAAAAAGAAUUCAAGAAACCACAGAAAUAAUAAACCUUAGUGAUAUUUUAGCCCCUUCUUUUUGUAAACAUCCCUACAAGGCUCUGGCAGUUCACUUUUGACCUGUGCUCCCUAAUCCAGGCCAGGUUUUAUUUGUCUCAGCCCCAGGAAGCUCUGUGGGUGGGCCCCAGCUGCUGGGGACUACCAGUAAGUCUGGACCCUGCAGAGUGAAGGCCCACUACUGCUGACUUAGUUACAGAAGGGGUACUGACUCCCCCCCUCCCUUCUUUCAUUUCCCUGGGACCCUCAGUGCUAAAAGCCACCACUAUGAGUGUGGGCUAACUAUAGACCACAGAGAAUUAAACAGGGCUAUUCCUUUCAUCAGAACUCCUCUAUUAGAUAUCAUUGCUUUAAUGGAUACAUUCAAAAAAAUGAAUGGUUUAUUGAUUUGACUAAUACAUUCUACUUACUAAAAACUUUACCGGAGAGAGAGGUACAUCCUCUCUAGAACCUUGUUCUUCACUCCGCUCCACUAAGCUGGGCCUGCUCCUGACCCCCAGGAGCUAGAACCGUGAAUAAGAGAACCACAGGCCCCAAAUGGUGUCCCAUAAGUUAGGUAUUAUGUCUUGGUUUAGUGAUUUGGGACCCUAACCUAACUGCAAUUUCAGCCCCCCAGAAAUGUAACCUUUACCUGGUCAACAUGGGAAUAUCCUGGUCAGCACUAGGAAAUUUACUGCUAGACCCUUUCCAUUCCCUUUAGGAGCACAACCUUGCCUAAAACAAUGGGUUUGUUGAUAAUAAUUUCCUUUUUUCCCCCAUUCCCUAUCUUUAAAAACAUUUCCUUUUCUGUAGCCCUUUGGAGCUUCCCUUGCUAGAUGGGGAUGCUGUCCAAUUCACAAAUGAAUUAAUAAAGCCAAUUCGAUCUUUAACAUUUCCUCGGUUGAGGGGCACCUCGGUGGCUCAGUUGGUUAAAGCAUCUGACUUCGGCUCAGGUCAUGAUCUCAAGGUCCAUGAGUUUGAACCCCACAUCGGGCCCUGUGCUGACAGCUCAGAGCCUGGAGCCUGCUUCAGAUUCUGUGUCUCCCUCUCUCUCUGCCCCUCCCCUGCUCACCCUCUAUCUUUCAAAAAUAAACAUUAAAAAUUUUAAAAACGGAAAAUAAAAUUUACUUGGUUGAAUUUUUGUAAUUUAACAGAAUUAAUCGCCCUGAAUGGGGUACCACCAUAUGGGCAAGUCCCAGGACAUGAACAGUUGCCCUGCAGAUGACCUUCAACUUUAACUUCUCUGUGGCUGUGUCACUUUCUUACCUGAGAAGUACCUACCUUCACCAGUACAACCAAACAUUCAGUGUCCUCUAGCCCCACAGGGCUCACUGGUUGCUAAAGGAGAGCAGGUCUAGUGCUGGUUAGCACAUCCUGCUGCCUAUAGGUAAACACACUCACCAAGUUUUACUGAGUACAGGACACACACCAAAGGCACCAUAAUAUUGAUCUGCUAACAAGAUAAAAUUUUUUCCUUUUUGGGUCAAUUCUCCUGGCUCUCUACUACUCAAUGGUCAGACUGGCUGGGGGAAAAAAAGGUUUUAAAAUCCUAGUGUGUGACCUUCUAUGAUUCUGGAUCCUAAGAUUCCUAAGGUGCUUUAUCACUGGCUCCAAAAAACAAGCAAGAGACCAGUUACCUCAAAAGCCUGCCAAUGCCAGGUUCAAAUUUUAACACAUUAUUUUUUAAAUAGCCCAAACAAGCAGAUUUUUAGCCAUUUAGAGCCUGUCUUUUUAUACCCCCAUUAAAACCUCCCCUGACUGCUAUUCCCCACUGAUAAGCCAGAACCUUCUGAUUAUAAGCCCCAGGCUGCCACAGUCAUUCGGGACUAUUUGACCCAGAGCCUCACCCCUCCCCCUCAACACGCAUGUACACAAGCUGUGCUGCUGGGCUACCUCACCUAGACAUCUAAGUCCCCUUGUCCCACCUCUAUCUCCUCUCCAGGAGGCCAUCCUCCCCUCCAGAUGGUGGCUUCUACACCACAAGCUUCUAGACAGUCUUGUGAUAUGAGGACCUUCCCCUCCAAGCACCACUCAGUAAAGUUUGUGUGUCAUUGCCUCUUGUGGUUAUACCUUUUUCCUUGAUCAGCCCCCAAAUUCUUUGAGCCCCUACAAACCUAUAUCCCAUAUACAAAGAACUCUUUGGGCUCCUGGGUGGCUCAGUGGAUUGAGCGUCUGACUCUUGAUUUCAGCUCAGGUCAUGAUCUCAUGGUUUGUGGGUUUGGGCUCUGCGCUGACAGAUUCUCUCUCUGCCCCUCCCACACUCACUCUCUCAAAAUAAAUAAAAAUAAAGAGCUCUUAAAACUCAACAAGAAAACCCAAUUAAAAAUGGGCAAAAGACUUGAACAGCUACUUCACUAAAGAGGAUAUACAAGAGGCAACCUUCAUUAAAGAUGAUCCACAUCACUAGCCACUAAAGAAAUCUAAAAUUGCAAUGAGAUGCCGUUAUACACCUAUUAGAUUAGAGGGGGCAGGUGGGGAAACAAUACAAACUAUUCUAAGUAUUUACCUAAGAGAAAUGAAAACUUAUGGUCACAGAAAAACCUGUAUGUAAAUGCUUAUAGCAACUGUAUUCAUAAUCACCAAAAACUGGAAACAACCUAACUGUCCUUCAACUGGUGAAAGGAUCAAUUCGGGUCCAGCCAUCCAAUGGAAUGCUACCCACCAACAAAUAUAAAUCAACUACUGACGCACACAAGUCUCUCUUUUGACAUCAGCUUUAGCGACAUUUUUCUAGAUAGGUCUCCUCGGGCAAAGGAAAUAAAAGCAAAAAUAAACAACUGAAGCUACAUCAAACUAAAAAGCUUUUGCAGAGCAAAGAAAACCAUCAACAAAAAGGCAACCUACUGAAUGGGAGAUCUUGCAAAUGAUAUAUCUGAUAAGGGGUUAAUAUCCAAAAUUUUAAAAUUUAUAAAAUAUCCAAGUAAUAUCCAAAAUAAAAGAAGUUCUACAACUUAACACCAACAAACAAUCCAAUUAAAAAAUGGCAGAGGACCUGAAUAGACAUUUUUCCAAAGAAGAUAUACAGGUGGCCAACAGACACAUGGAAAGAUGCUCAACAUCAUUAUUCAUCAAGGAGAUGCAAGUCAAAACCAUAAGAUAUCCCCUUACACAUGUCAGAAUGUCUAGAAUCAAAAAGACAAGAAAUAACAAGUGUUGGU